AUUGGCCGUCGCGCGCGGCAGUGGGCAGAGCGGCAUCCGGUGCGGCGGCGGUCGGUCUGUCGGAGCGGAGCGGCCAUGACGGCGCACAGCUUCGCGCUGCCGCUCGUCCUCUUCUCCGCCUUCUGGGGCCUCGUGGGCAUCGCCGCCCCUUGGUUCGUGCCCAAGGGGCCGAACCGCGGGGUGAUCAUCACGAUGCUGGUCACCACCGCCGUGUGCUGCUACCUCUUCUGGCUCAUCGCCAUCCUGGCCCAGGCCAACCCCCUGUUUGGGCCGCAGCUGAAGAACGAGACCAUCUGGUACGUGCGCUUCCUCUGGGAGUGAGCAGUCCUCAGGAGCCGGCGCCUGAACAGACACCCCCCCCAAAAUUAUCACCCUCUUGCUGCUGUUCCAGCCUCUACUCUCCCGUACCAGGCAGCCCCCAGACGUGCUGGGACAGAGGCUGGACCCGCUGCCCCAGUGCACCCUGAGCAUUGCAACCUGGACCAGUGAUGGCUGGGCCCCUGAGCAUGGCAGGCAGCACCCCCGCCUGGGACGAGGGCCUGGUACACCUGGCCCUGGGAGCAACCACACUACCAGGGAGAGAUCCCCUCAGCUGGCCUAGUGCUGUAGUCACUGACAUUAAGCACCGUCCUGAGAGAGAUCUGUGUGUAGUGCCAGCAGCUCCUGUCCCUGCCAUGCUUGCCCUGCUCCCUCCAGUGCACUCAGCCGUAGCCCCGCCAAGUGAAACCCCUGCUUCCAGCCCAAGCUACCCAACUAGUUACCAUAUUUCUGGUCAUUUCAGGCACCGGCCGCACCUCUGCGUGAGAAGGCAGGAGCCCGUAGCAUCCUCUGUUGUAUGGUCAGUCCCCUGUGGUGGGGGUGGUCCCUGCUAAGAGAGAUGCUGCCUGUGGGUGUGAGAAGGGAGGGCUGACCCUGGAGGAACAUGCAGACCCCCUGGGGUGUGAUGAGGGAGGUGCUGGGGUGCAGGACAGAAGGUUCUGCUGCUUGGCAGCCUGCUGGAGGGGAUUAAAGGGGUGCUGCAUCUCCUCCCGCCUCAGCAGUGAGGGUGCUGCAGUAGUGUCUGGGUACCACCACCCACCCAACCUGUGUCCAGGUUCCGAGAAGAACCGAGUAGGGUGUUGUGUUUUUUGUUUCCCCUUAUUUAUCACGUAAUUUAUCUGUAUUUAUUUACCUGUCCGUGUUUGUUAAAUUUGUGUGGUGGAAAUAAAUCCUUUUUCUAGUAAGUGA